GCGAGGCGAAAGCGGCCGGUUCAUUGUUUUGGGGGAAAGCGCAGGCGCGCGCCGUUUUUGCCUAUCUGGAGCCUUAGGUCAGCGCAUCUCUCUUUUCUGCACCUCACCUGCCGGCGCCCGAAAGGCAGAGUCCGGCGCGCGUCCCCGUAAGCAAGCUGCCCAGGGCUGGCGGGCGCGGGCGCGUGGGCGCGUUCUCCCGAGGAAGCGCCAUCCGGCCGCCUUCCCAUGGCUUUCUCCACGCGCGAGUGGGCCAGGCUCGCCGCCGCGUCCCUCAAGUAAAGGCGGGAGAAGAGCGCCCGCCAAGGCAGGAAAGCCAAAGAGCUCUUCAGCCGCACUUUGUGCCUGUCUGGUCCGGCCUCAUCUCCAUUCCCUUCCCACCCAUCCCUCGUCGCCGCCGCCGCCGCCUCCUCUUCCAUCAUGCCGUUGGCUUUCUGUGGCAGCGAGCAAAACUCGACUGCCUACAAGGUGACCGACGGGGUGCUCAACAACGGUUGUUUCGUGGACGCCCUGAACGUGGUGCCCCACGUUUUCCUGCUUUUCAUCACGUUCCCCAUUCUCUUCAUAGGAUGGGGAAGUCAAAGUUCCAAAGUUCAUAUCCAUCAUAGCACUUGGCUUCAUUUUCCUGGCCAUAAUUUACGGUGGAUCUUGACUUUUAUCCUUUUGUUUGUGCUGGUCUGUGAAAUAGCUGAAGGGAUCGUGUCAGAUGGGGUUUCAAAAUCUGGUAAUUUGCACCUAUAUAUGCCACCAGGAAUGGCAUUUUUGGCAGCCAUCACAUCCAUUGUUUAUUAUCACAACAUUGAAACAUCCAAUUUUCCAAAAUUAUUGAUAGCCUUGCUAUUCUAUUGGACUUUGGCUUUUAUAACCAAAACUAUCAAGUUUGUCAAGUUUUGUGAUUAUAAUAUUGGACCACGCCAGCUUCGAUUCUGCCUCACAGCACUCUUGGUUAUACUUUAUGGAAUGCUGCUAAUUGUAGAAAUUAACGUAAUCCGAAUGAGGAGAUAUAUUUUCUUCAAAAAAACCAAAGAAGUAAAACCUCCUGAGGAUCUUCAGGAUCUUGGAGUCAGAUUCCUGCAACCUUUUGUGAACCUCCUGUCCAAAGGAACAUAUUGGUGGAUGAAUACCUUUAUUAAAACUGCCCAUAAGAAACCCAUAGAUUUGAAAGCUAUAGGCAAACUGCCUAUUGCAAUGAGAGCUCUGACCAAUUACAUGCGCCUUAAUGAGGCUUUUCAAGUGCAAAAGAAUAAAGACACUCCAUACCCACAAGGAUCUAGAAGUAUUUGGUGUGCCCUCUGCUAUGGCUUUGGAAGGCCUUUGGCUCUAAGCAGUACUUUCCGUAUUCUGGCAGAUUUGCUUGGAUUUGCUGGUCCACUUUGCAUCUCUGGGAUUGUUCAUGUAAGGAAAGGAAACAGCUCUUUGCAUGCCCAGACUAAAAUAAUGGGUGUUUUCUUCAUCUCUUCUCAAGAAUUCUUGGCUAAUGCUUAUGUGUUGUCAGUCCUCCUUUUUUCUGCACUUCUAUUGCAAAGAACUUUUCUCCAGGCAUCAUACUAUGUGGCCAUUGAAACAGGAAUUAACCUAAGAGGAGCAAUACAGACAAAAAUUUAUAAUAAGAUCAUGAGACUAUCAACCUCCAACAUGUCCAUGGGGGAAAUGACCUCAGGUCAGAUCUGUAACCUGGUCGCAAUAGACACAAACCAGCUAAUGUGGUUCUUCUUCCUGUGUCCUAAUCUCUGGGCUAUGCCUGUACAGAUUAUUGUUGGAAUUGUUCUGCUCUACUAUCUGCUUGGAAUCAGUGCCUUAAUUGGAGCAGCUGUAAUCAUAGUGCUAGCUCCUGUCCAAUACUUUGUAGCCACAAAACUUUCACAGGCUCAAAGAAGCACACUGGAAUAUUCCAAUGAGAGAUUGAAGAAAACAAAUGAAAUGCUUCGAGGCAUAAAACUACUUAAGCUCUAUGCCUGGGAACACAUUUUUCAUAGUAGUGUGGAAGAAACCCGGCAAAAGGAAAUGACAAGUCUUAAGUCUUUUGCUCUUUAUACCUCUAUAUCGAUUUUCAUGAAUGCAGCAAUACCAAUUGCAGCAGUUCUUAUAACAUUUGUUGUCCAUGCCCAUCUCUUUGUCAAUGCUGACUUUUCUCCUUCGGUGGCCUUUGCAUCGCUCUCCCUUUUCCAUAUCCUUGUGACACCCCUGUUCCUACUCUCCAGUGUGGUUAGAUCCACUGUUAAAGCUCUUGUAAGUGUCCAAAAGUUAAAUGAAUUUCUCUCAAGUGAAGAAAUUGCAGAAGAGCACGAUAAAUGUUCUGAGCCAAGAAGCCCAGACAACCACAGCAAAUAUCAGAUUCUUAGCCUCAAAGUUGUUAAUCGUAAGAGGCCUGCCAGAGAGGACUGGAACAAUUACAGCUCUCCUGUAAGAAGAUCUGUUAGCAGCACAGAAGCAGAUGACUUUUGUGUAAAGGUCACGAAUGGGUUUUUUACAUGGACGCCAGAAGGAGUUCCAACUUUAUCCAGUGUUGAUAUUCGAAUUCCUCAAGGUCAGUUAACAAUGAUUGUGGGACAAGUAGGCUGUGGUAAAUCAUCUCUCUUGUUAGGAAUACUUGGAGAGAUGCAGAAGAUAUCUGGGAAUGUGAUCUGGAACAGCAGCAUUCCUGACAGUGAGACGGGGGAAGAUGUUAGCUCCGACAUGGAAACAACUGUUGAAAUGGAGUCCAGAAAAAGAGGGCCAGUGGCAUAUGCUUCUCAGAAACCAUGGUUGUUAAAUGCUACGGUGGAAGAAAAUAUCACUUUUGAAAGCCCCUUCAAUAAACAAAGGUAUAAAGCAGUAAUUGAUGCUUGCUGUCUUCAGCCUGAUAUUGACAUACUACCUCAUGGAGACCAAACACAGAUUGGAGAAAGGGGUAUUAAUUUAUCUGGAGGUCAGCGCCAAAGGAUCAGUGUAGCAAGAGCUCUUUAUCAACAGACAAAUGUGGUAUUUUUGGAUGAUCCAUUUUCAGCAUUAGAUAUCCACUUGAGUGAUCAUCUCAUGCAAGAAGGAAUUCUGAAUUUACUAAGAGCAGACAAAAGAACCAUUGUUUUGGUUACCCACAAACUACAGUAUCUGCCCCAUGCUGACUGGAUUAUUGCAGUGAAGGAUGGUACCAUUCAGCGAGAAGGCACACUUAAGGAUAUCCAGAAAUCUGAAUCUGAGCUCUUUGAACAUUGGAAAACAUUAAUGAAUCGCCAGGACCAAGAACUAGAAAAGGAGACUCUAAUUGAAAGAAAAACUGUAUUAGAUAAGAAGAAUAUUAAAAAUACAGUGCCUUCUCAAGAAGUCCUACUCCAAGAUGAAGAAGAGGAUGAUGAAGAGAUGCCUGAAAGUGAUGAUGAUGACAACUUUUCUUCUGUCCUUCAUCGAAGAACAGAGAUGUCAUGGCAAGCAUGUGGAAAGUAUCUCAGUUCAGCAGGACUUCUCUUCUUGCCUCUGUUGAUCUUUUCUCAACUUCUAAAACAUUUGGUCAUGGUGUCCAUUGACUAUUGGCUAGCCUUGUGGACAUCUGAUGCUAUUUCUUCUGAGACAGGGACAAACUGCUCUUUUUGUCAGGAAUACAAGUUUAGCCAUUUUUCCUAUUCAAAGAUCUUCAGCAUUCUUUGUUGUGUUGGGAUUAUAUUAUGCCUUGUAACAUCCAUAGCAGUAGAAUGGACUGGCUUAAAAGUUGCCAAGAAGCUUCACUGUAGUCUGCUGAAUAAAAUUAUUCUGGCCCCAAUGAGAUUUUUUGAAACAACACCCCUGGGAAGUAUUUUGAACAGAUUUUCGGCAGAUUGUAACACUAUUGAUCAGCAUAUCCCUGCCACCCUGGAGUGCCUGAGUCGUUCUACCUUGCUAUGUUUAUCAGCUCUUGCAGUGAUUUCAUAUGUAACACCUAUAUUCGUGAUUGCUCUCGUACCUCUUGCCAUCAUGUGUUAUUUCAUCCAGAAAUAUUUUAGAGUAGCAUCAAGGGAUCUGCAGCAAUUGGAUGACAGUACACAACUUCCAUUACUUUCUCACUUUUCAGAGACAGUGGAAGGACUAACAACUAUACGAGCAUUCAGGUAUGAAUCCCGGUUUAAGCAGAAGCUUCUUGAAUAUACGGAUUCUAACAACAUCGCUUCCCUUUUCCUUACAGCUGCCAAUCGUUGGCUGGAAGUUCGUAUGGAAUAUAUUGGAGCAUGUGUGGUACUUAUUGCAGCUGUUACAUCCAUUACCAAUGCUCAAAACAAUAAACUCUCUUCAGGACUUGUAGGUUUAGGAUUAACCUAUGCUCUGAUGGUGUCUAAUUAUCUAAAUUGGAUGGUUCGCAACCUGGCUGAUAUGGAGCUUCAACUGGGAGCUGUGAAAAGGCUCAAUGCCCUUAUAAAAACGGAGGCUGAAAAUUAUGAAGGGCUGCUUUCUCCAGCGCAGAUUCCUCAGAACUGGCCUGAUCAGGGGGAGAUUCAAAUACAGAAUCUGAGUGUCCGCUAUGAUAGUACUCUGAAGCCUGUGCUAAAACAUGUCAGUGCCCAUAUCUCUCCAGGACAAAAGAUUGGAAUAUGUGGCAGAACAGGCAGUGGGAAGUCAUCCUUUUCUUUAGCCCUUUUUAGAAUGGUUGAUGCCUUUGAAGGAAGGAUCAUUAUAGACGGCAUAGAUAUUGCCAAGCUUCCUUUACAAACUCUGAGAUCCAGAUUGUCGAUUAUUCUCCAAGACCCCGUUUUGUUCAGUGGCACAAUCAGAUUUAACUUGGAUCCAGAAAAGAAAUGCACUGACAGCACCUUAUGGGAAGCAUUGGAAAUAGCACAACUGAAACAUGUGGUGAAAGCUUUACCUGGGGGGCUAGAUGCAAUAGUCACAGAAGGUGGAGAAAAUUUCAGCCAAGGGCAAAGACAGCUGUUCUGCUUAGCCAGAGCGUUCGUACGGAAAACAAGUAUCUUAAUCAUGGAUGAAGCCACAGCGUCUAUUGAUAUGGCAACUGAAAACAUUCUUCAGAAGGUUGUAAUGACUGCCUUUGCUGAUCGCACAGUAGUGAUAAUUGCACACCGGGUGCACACUAUUCUAAAUGCUGAUAUGAUUAUUGUCAUGAAGAGAGGAGUUAUUUUGGAAUAUGACAAACCAGAAGUUCUGCUGGAAAAAGAAGACAGUGUGUUUGCUUCUUUUGUUCAAGCAGACAAAUAGAUGCAACAUAAGUAAUUAAACCAUUUGAAAGGACAGUUUUAUUAUCAAUUUUCUAAUUAUGUAAAAUAUCUGUAAAUAAAAAAUAUUUAAUAAUAAAAAACUUAGUCUAUAAGUUUUUGAGA